CACAACUCCAGCCUCGUCUACUACCAGAUUGUAUUGCGUCAGCAGGAUCACGAUGGUAAAUGUAUGGACUUCUUGAGGCACGGACAAUGCCUUAAUUUGCAUAGUCUUCGGUACCCUGCCGCUUUGGCUCUAGUUGACUGUCUGUAAGGUUGCAGUGCGAUCUUGCUUAUGCAGGAUCACAAGGCUACUGUAGGGAAAUGCUACCUGUUUCCCUGUACGAGAGUUACGCUAUACCGCCACAGUAAAACGAUCGUGCAUAGCCCGAAAGGUUCUGUAUCUUCCCCAUUUCACUUGCUAGGCACCCUGCGAUCCCCACCACCCCGCCUUUCCUCUCCGCAUAAGUACUUGAACAGCCGGGUAAAUUAUUGAACUCACCUCCCCACGCCUCCCCUUCCCCGGUAUACUGUGACAUUGUGACGGCAGUAUGUUCAAGCUUCUAGUUGCAGCGGCUCUCGCUGCGGUGGGCGCGUCCCAGUACGCCAUGCCGCCCAACUCAACCAAUUCGACUACAUUCAUGAACCCGAUCGUAGGCGCUGGAGCAGAUCCCUGGAUGUUCCGCCACGAAGACUACUACUACAUGACCUACACCAACAACGUCAACAUCACCCUCUGGCGCAGCAAGUCCAUGACCUCCUGGGACGCCGCAGAGUCCAAGACCAUCUUCGUCCCAGAGCCCGACCAGGCAUACUCCACCGACCUCUGGGCCCCCGAGAUCCACCAAAUCGACGGAAGCUGGUGGGUAAUCUUCACCGCAGACCCCAACUUCGACUCCCCACCACCCGAGGUGGAGAUGUGGUGCGAGUACAACUGCCCCGCCGUCAACCACCGCAUGUUCACCGUCGUCGGCGAAGGCGAAGACCCCUGGACCGCCGAGUACCGCUACCACAACGAACUCGAGACGUACGAUCAAUUCGCCAUUGACGGAACGUACUUCCAGCACGCUGACCAACUGUACCACAUCUACUCGUGCUGGUACCACAAGUACGACGGCUGGCCAGCCAACCUCUGCAUCACCAAGAUGUCUGACCCCUCCACCACCGUCUCCCCUUUCUCCGAACGCCAAAUCAUAUCCGUACCGGAAUACGCCUGGGAAAAGACGCCCUUCGGCCGCUCCAUCAACGACCGCCUCUCGUCCAACGAAGGGCCCCAGCAACUCAUCAACCCCACCACAGGCCAGAACUUCCUCAUCUACAGCGCUGCCCGCUCAGACAACCGCAACUACUGUCUCGGUCAGCUUGAGCUCGUUGGCGACGACCCGAUGAAUCCUAGCGACUGGCGCAAGCAUCCUUAUCCUGUCUUCUACCAGAAUCCUAGCGAGAAGGCUUACGGUGUUGGUCAUGCGUCUUUUACGACGUCGCCUGAUGGCUCGGAGGAUUGGAUUGUUUACCAUGGUAUGCAGGAUCCGACGAACGGGUGGAGUGCAAGGUCGAUCCGCGCGCAGAAGUUUGGCUGGAAUGAGGACGGUAGCCCUAGCUUUCCUAAGCCGGGUUAUGGGCCUUACCAGGUUCCUAGUGGGCAGUAGAUGGGUGAAUGAGGUGGUGUCUGUGUUUACGAUAUGAGCGAUGGGCUGUGAGGGUUUUGCUGCUCUUUGGCAGAAGGUGCUUGCGUCUUCCCAACGGCGGCGACCGACUGUGUUGGUAGGCUCGUGAAGAGAGCCGCUUCGGCCCUAUCUCUUGUAUACAGACUUUUGAUACUACCCAGGUAUCUGGAUCUCUCCAGAUAUGUAUUGCCAUCUUAAUGGUAAUGACCACGGUCAAGUUCGCUUGACAACCACCAUUGAUACCUUCCUCCCUGUGUGAUUGACCUGCGCCGCUGGAUUAGGGUACAUGAAGAACCCC